CGCUAGGAAAUAUAAAUACUGAAGGUGGGUUUGGAGGUCUUCAGAGUCGGCUCCACCAGCACCACUGUCAACACCACCACAGCCAGCACCACCACCAGUAUGAAGGGGAUAAUGAGCUUCCUCCUCGCCACCUGCCUCGCCCUGGCCAGCGGGCACCACGGACCCGAGGAAUCCGUGCUCUGCCACUGCGGAAUCUUCGCCACCACGCAGGGGGGUCUGGUGCACCUGGACGGAUUUCCCCACGCGCACGUCGCCAAUUGUUCACAGGUCCUUGAGUGCAAGGCCGAGUGCAAGAAUGCGUGGCAUAAGACGAUGGGCAGCGGAAACUUGGAUGCUACCACUCCAGACGGCAUCACUGUCGGCCAGCGCUUCUGUAACAACAUUGUCGGCAACGGACUCUCAAACUUCGGACCCUACAAGGUGCACGGGUAUAGCAGCAUCUGCCUCGGUCCCCUGCUGUAUGAUGAUCUUGAGUCCGUCAAACCCCUGUGCUGCACCAAUGGCCUCUACAAGCCAUGCCCCAGUACCACUCACAUACACUAGGCACACACACACACACACACACACACACACACACACACACACACACACACAUAACCACACAUAUGAGCUGUUUUUUUUUUCUUUGGUUUCUUCUCAUCAAAGUGUUUCACGUUUACAGAGUUGAAUAAAAUGUGAAAAUGCCGAAA